CUGCAGCGACGUGCAUCAGAUCCGCUUUCACACACUUCAUCUGCAUUCACACGUUUCCCAGUUCUACUGGACCCGGAUAGAUCGCCUUCAUCUCUUGCAUUUGUUUCCAGAUAUCUGCCGUUAUUUCAGUAGAGCAGGAAGCUCGCCUUCACUGGCUGUGCGUGCUGUCUUGUUUUUGUGAAGGCUUGAAUCGCAUCGCAGCAGCGGAUCUGAGACGCGAAAGCCAACGCGAUCUGCUAUGUGUCUCAGAGAAGAGAGGCAGUAAAUAAAGGGGACGCGUCCGUCUGCGUGAAGAGAGAGCAAGAUGGUGAUCAUGGCUUCUCUUCAUUUUUCCUCUAAAUGCUUGAAUGCGAUGGCGAUCACGCCCAAGCUCUUUCUGUGGGCUUUUCUAAUCGCGCAUCUUCCUUUGAGCUCUGUCCAGCUGGAAAGUGAUGACGAUGAAGUGACAAACAAAACAUGGGUUCUGACCCCCAAAGUGUACGAGAGCGACGUCACACAUAUUUUGAACAGCUUACUAGACGGCUACGAUAACAAGCUGCGGCCAGACAUCGGAGUCAAACCAACAGUGAUCCACACUGACAUGUUCGUCAACAGUAUUGGUCCAGUUAAUGCCAUCAACAUGGAGUACACGAUUGACAUCUUCUUCGCCCAGACAUGGUAUGACAGGCGGCUGAAGUUCAACAGCACCAUGAAGGUGCUGCGUCUCAACAGCAACAUGGUGGGAAAAAUCUGGAUCCCUGACACGUUUUUCCGCAACUCUAAGAAGGCAGACGCCCACUGGAUCACCACACCUAAUCGCAUGCUCCGGAUAUGGAACGACGGGCGUAUACUGUACACUUUAAGGUUGACCAUUGAUGCAGAGUGCCAGCUUAAACUGAAUAACUUUCCGAUGGAUGAACAUUCAUGUCCGCUGGAGUUCUCAAGCUAUGGUUACCCCAAGGAGGAAAUUGUAUACAAGUGGAAGCGCAGCUCAGUGGAGGUUGGAGACAUCCGCUCCUGGCGUCUUUAUCAGUUCUCCUUUGUUGGCCUGAGAAAUACCACAGAGGUUGUCAGGACUGUGUCAGGAGAUUAUGUGGUUCUGACCGUCUUCUUUGACUUAAGCAGAAGGAUGGGUUAUUUCACCAUCCAGACAUAUAUCCCCUGUACCUUGAUCGUUGUUCUGUCCUGGGUUUCAUUCUGGAUCAACAAGGACGCAGUGCCAGCCAGAACCUCUUUGGGAAUCACGACUGUGCUUACCAUGACCACUUUGAGUACCAUUGCUAGGAAGUCCUUACCCAAAGUGUCGUACGUCACAGCUAUGGAUCUCUUCGUAUCGGUGUGCUUCAUCUUUGUUUUCGCCGCUCUGAUUGAGUACGGAACGCUCCACUACUUUGUGAGCAACCGCAAGCCCAGCAAAAACAAAGACAAGAAGAGGAAAAAUCCCCUCCUGCGGCUCUUUUCCUCAAAGCAGGCCCCCACUGUGGACAUCCGCCCGCGCUCAGCCACCGCCAUCCAGAUGAACAACGCCACCCACAUGCAGGAGCGGGACGAGGAGUACGGCUACGAGUGUCUGGAUGGGAAGGACUGCUCCAGCUUCUUCUGCUGCUUUGAGGACUGCCGCUCAGGAGCGUGGCGGCACGGCCGUUUGCACAUCCGUGUCACUAAGAUAGACUCUUACGCCCGCAUUUUCUUUCCUACUGCAUUUGGUCUAUUCAACGUAGUUUACUGGUUUUCCUAUCUCUAUCUUUAAAAUUGUUUUUUUUUUUUUAAUAGGCUGGCCUUAUUUUAUGUUACAGAUUCCAGCGAGACCCUUUCUUGGAAACGUUAACCCACUGAAAACAUUUAAGGUGUAUUGUGUUGUUGUUGUUGGUUUUCCCGUCUUGUUUUUUUUUAAAAAGCUCGUUUUAUGAUUUUUUUUUUUUUUUUUUUUUUUUUUUGCAUUUACGUAAUACGUGAUUGUUGGUUAGUCUAUGUUUACAUCUUUUUCUAGAAAGUAUAUCUUGUGCAUAAAGCAAAAGCUGUAGCAACAAAACAAAAAAAGUCAGUGAAACCUGCAUCUGUAAGACUAUUCCUGAAAUUUCCAGAAUCGUGUAGAGCGAAAAGCAGAAGAUCUGAGUACUGCAUGCUUACAUGUCCUUUUAGCCCCUAAAGAGCAAGCGCUAAAGAGAUUUUGGGAACCUUCUUCAAAUGCAUGGCUGCCGGGCCUAUACGAGGAAAAAGCAAUCAAUCGAAUAUUAACAAAUGUGUCAGAGAAUUUAUCUGUACAUGCUCUUAUCAUUUGUAAUUAUUUGUGCAUUCUAAAGCGCAAAUGUACAAGUGUUUGAAAUUUAUGCCAUUUGUAACCCUGCAGUUUUUCAUGUGUUGGUCACGGCUGGUGAAACGUGUGGUCACCUGUACAAAUGUUGUAAAUAGAUGAAUACUGUACAAUAUAGUGAUAUACAUCAUACUGCAUGCACCUUUUAGGCCAAAAAUGAGCAAAAGUCUUCUAUUGUCAUCAAUUUAUAAAAGACAAAAAAGAGUCAGGAAAACUUAACUGGAACAGUUCAGGCUACAUUUUACAGCAUUUCUUGCCACUACUGGAUGUCAGUCAUUUAUACAGUAAAGGCACAAUGAUAUUGUUACAUGUAUAAAUAAGUACUGUAUUCAAUUUUUCGCAUCAUUUUGGGUAUCGGUAUGAGCCUCCUUUCCAUUCUUGGAUGUGUGUGGUAUAUACCCACAGAAUAAGUAGUAACCAGAAGUUAACUCAUCUUUCAGUUUUAACAAGUUACUGGGGUGAGUAUUCUGAUACUACAUACUCUUAUCGUCAUAUUUUACCCUAUUUUAUUAUUCGUGUCUUUAACUAUUAUUUUAUUUUGUUAGAACUUAGAUGGUUUAAAGCUAUCAAAAGUUUUCGUUUACUAGCACCGUUUUCCAGAAACAUGUAACAGAAUGUUGUCAAACUAAAUGUGUAUAUGCAUUUUUAUUUUUUGUUCCUGUAUCAAUUUAUGUUGUAAGAAUAAACUGGGCUAAAAACGUAGGAGGAGGGUUACCAUUGCACUCUAUGCUACACAAAGACUCUGAGCUUACUUCAGUGAAUUUAGUAAAUAAUCUGUAGAUGGAUAUGUUAAUGUGUGUGUUACUCAGCUUCAGUUUUGUUGCAUUUAGCAAAUGACAUGCAUGCAUGUAGUAAAUAUUAUCUUUAGAACAUUAACAUGCAUACAUGGGAAACAAAUUAUAAACUAACAUUAAUAAACCGUAACAUAUGCAAGCACAAACAACUUUCUAUUUUAAUGAACCAUCAACUUCAGAAAUCUCACCCCAGGUUAAGUAUACGCUUGUGAGUAUAUAAAUAUGUUUGGUGUUGGGCACCGCUGCUCAAGUGUUAUCAUCGAAAAAAUAUAGAAGUAAAAAACACCAAAACAAAUGCAACUAAAACACUGUGGACAAAAAUCUGAGACGCGCCAAAGUGUGAGGAUAUAAUCAGGCGUUUAAAUCAUUCUGCUGCAGUUCAAAUCAAUGUUUGUUUGUUUUUUACAAAAAAAAAAAAAAAAAUCAAGUGCAACUGUUUGGUAGCAAAAAUGACAGAUAAGCAAAAUAUUUCUGGUUACAUCUGUAAUUCAUAAUCUGGACGUGUAUAGAGUUUGAUUUCCAAUCCCUAUGCAUUAACCUUCCAGCUGAACAAACCAGCAUACGGUACGCUUUUGCAUUUUGUGGCUUUGUAUGCAUCUUGAUAUUUUUGCAUCAUACACACGAGCAUGGUUCAUUUUUGAUUAGUUUAUACUCGUAUUAAAAUUAGAUGUCAUAGGAGUCUUCUGAAAAUCCUCUGUUGAGAAAUAUCAACUCUACUAUCAGCCCUUUAGAGUCAGUUUGCUGUUUGUGUGCCACCUACACUAGAAUAAUCAUAUUUGUGGAGCGAAGCUCGAUUUGUUUCUUUUUUGAGGAGAUAUUCUGGAUGUUGGUACUGAAAAUCAACAGCCACACCCCAGAGAUAUCACCUAGCCACGAGUAAUGUACUGUUUAUUAUUUACUGUAGGAUCACAUGGAUGUGGUAGCAAUAGACAAUUGUGUGAAUGUGGAUCGAUGUAGUGCCAAACUAUGAACCAUUCUGCAUUCUACCAUCUAAACAGCUUAUUUCAGCAUGCUUCCACGGAAAUGCUUUAUUUAUUUAUUUAUUUAUUUAUUUAUUUAUUAUUUACUUUUUUUUUUUAAAUACUUACAGAAAAUGGAUACAGUUAUAGAAAACUGAACAUACUACUAAUGUAAUGUAGAAUUUCCAGUUCUAUAUCAAGUGCAACCUAAAAUGAAGUUAAAGAGCCCUUUUAUCUGCACUGCAUUGAAAUACUGUCCAUCCGUUAUGAUAAAUAUGGUUUUGUAUUAAUAUUAGUACUAUUAAUGUCAAAAGGCUAAUAAAGGCUCAGUAUGAUCUGCCACCGUCCCACAACAGGACAUUGCUAGAGAUGUUCGUAGAGCUGACCAGCACUUGUGUUCUCUCUGUUUCUUUGUUCUUAUGCUGUUUUGAGGAUUUUUUAAAUGUAAGAUUUUUGUUUUCUAACACAAAGUGG